CCUUCGAUUGCUGCUAUACUAGAAGGUGUCAGCCAUUGAAAAUACCAACUAUGUCGUCGAAAGGUAUAUUUUUGCAUUUGUGACCUCGGUCCAACAGUUCGGAAAAUAUGGGAACCGUUUUAAGUUUCUCACCCAGAGACAGGAAGCCAAUUUAUGGUGAAUAUAAUUUAAAUAAUUUUCAUUACGAGCAGUUAAAUAAUGUCAGAAAUAGGGAGAAAUGUAUAGAACCAAGUAGUCUGCAGAAUUUUAAGAAACAUUCUUUAUUUAUCAAUGCUCUCAGUUGGAAACCUUUCGCCGUUUCUGGUAAGAAGAAAAGCGAACGUAACAGAAACUGGAUGUCCAGACAACCCUUGGAUAGUGUCCACCCUGUUAUGGAUAAUAAUAAGAACAUACAGAAAUCGCUAUCUUGUUAUAGUUUGAGAGCGAGUGCAAUCAGUCCUCUCGAUUUAAUGGUUAAAACUAGUGGAGUAAGUGAUAAAUUUUUACAGAAACCGCCUCCGUCUUUACCGCCAAAACCUGCUCUUCUAUCGUCGCAAAACCUGAUAAGACCUCUGGGUUUGGCAACCGUAACUAAAAAGACUAAAACACCUCCUUGUAUAAGUCCUCACAAAAAGACUGUCAUUCAAGCAUCCACUUCGGAAUUAUUGAGGUGCUUCGGAGAAUUUCUUUGCCACAGGUGUAGAAAACUAAAAGAUUUUCAACCCGGAGAUGCAGUUCUUUGGCUUAGGACUGUUGAUAGAACCUUACUGGUACAGGGAUGGCAAGACAUCGCUUUCAUAAAUCCGGCAAAUAUUGUGUUUUUGUACAUGUUGGUAAGGGAUUUGGUUAGUGAAGAUAUCGAUAGUGAACACGAUCUUCAAGCUGUUGUCCUCACCUGUCUAUAUCUUUCUUACUCUUAUAUGGGUAACGAAAUAUCCUAUCCCCUCAAGCCAUUUCUUGUCGAAGAUUGCAAAGAGAACUUCUGGGACAGGUGUUUACUGGUCAUCAAUCUGUUAAGCGGUAAAAUGUUACAAAUCAACAGUGAACCUAGUUUUUUCACAGAUGUAUUCACCGAAUUAAAAACUUGCUAUUCCACAUCCGUUUAAAUUGCUCAGCUGUAUUUAUUUUAAAACAAAUUAAUAUAUAUAUAUACACAUAUAUAUAUAUAUAUAAAUAUAUACAUAUACAAACACACGAAAAUCAUAGGUAAGUUAUAAUUUCCAGUGUAAAAUAAAUAUCAUAUGCUAAAUUAGACUGUAGGAAAUUUUAACCAAAAAGCAAAUGAAACCUAUUUAAAUAUAAGUUAAUACGAGUAAUAUUCGUUGUGAACAAGAACUAAAUUAAUGAAAAUAUCAAUAGGAAUUAAGAGAGUUUUUCUGGAAUGAGCUUAACUGCCAAAUAAUUUAUUAAUUACAGAGUAGAUAAAAGAAACUAAGUAGAUAUAAUUUAUACUCUAUAAGAAAUUUUAAUUGCAAUAAGUUAUACAUAAUUUAUACUUGAAUAAAUAAGCUGUAUUUGGAAUGAAUCUAUAACUACCAUUUAUAUCAAGUUAAAUAUGGAAUAAUGUAAUUUUAUGCCAAAUUCUUUAAAAAAUCAACUUUUGAAAGUAAUUCAUUUUUAGAAAAUAUUUACUUUAAAAAUAGAGAUGAGCAAAGACUUUACUUUCUCUAUUAUAUAUAUAUAAAGGGGGAAAAAACAGAAAUUUUUCAUUAAAAUUUUGGAGAAUAAAACUUCUUUUUUGAACCAUCUCCUCAUGAACUGGACAUACAGCAUAUAUAUUAUUUCCCCCAUAGUUUAACAAGUAUAUGUACAGGGCAGUAUAUUCAUUUCAAAAAUGGAAUGUAUGUGUGCAUAUAUAUAUUGGACGUAUAGAUAUAAAUAUAUAUAUAUAUGCAUAAUAUACUGUAUGAUUUAUUGCUAGUAUAUUAUGUAAUUUUAAGUGGUAACUGGAAAGACGAUAUUGGUGAGAGAUUCAUUAUAUUAGCUCUUGCUCACAAAUAUAAAUAUUUAAGAAAAACAAAGAGUUUUUUAUGCAGAAGAGUUUAGUAGCAUAGAAUCGUUCAUUUACAAAUUGGAAAAAUAUUGUUAAAACGACAAUAAUAAAAAAAAACUUAUGAAAAAUACAUAGCCUAUAUAAUAAGAUUCUUCAUUAAAAUUUGCGUGUAGUUAAGCUUAAUAGUUUCUAAAUUAUAUAUUAGAGUAAAUGAAUUAUGUUAAAAUCUUUCAUUAAGUAGUAAAAUCCAGCAAAUAAAAUUCUAUUUAUAGAAAGAAUUCAAU